AUAUUGAAAGAAUAGAAGCUUUAAUUGCCAACAACUUCAGCAAGCAGCCACCGAAAGUUUCAAAUGGAAAAUCUUUUGGGUCUUCUCAGAGUACGAGUCAAAAGAGGCAUCAAUCUCGCUGUUCGUGAUGUUCGCAGCAGCGAUCCCUACGUUGUCGUCAAGAUGGCUAAACAGAAACUGAAGACUCGAGUUGUAAAAAAGGAUGUUAAUCCUGAGUGGAAUGAAGAUUUAACUCUCUCUGUUGCAGAUCCCAAUCUUCCUGUUAUGCUGACUGUGUAUGAUCAUGACAUGUUCAGCAAAGAUGACAAAAUGGGAGAUGCAGAAUUUGACAUCAGACCAUUUCUAGAGGCUCUCAAGAUGAACUUAAGUGGCCUCCCAGGUGGCACCAUUAUUACUAGAAUACAACCGUGCAGAUCUAACUGCCUGUCCGAAGAGUCUAAUGUUGUAUGGCAAGAUGGUCAGGUUGUGCAAGAUAUGUGCCUAAGAUUGAGAAAUGUGGAAUGUGGAGAGAUUGAACUUCAACUUCAGUGGAUCAACCUUCCUGGUUCCAGGGGUUUAUAGAAUACAGCGUGUGUGUGUAUAUACAUCUGGUAGCAGUCUGUGAACUGGUUUGUGAAUUGUGCUCUCACAAUUGAUCUCUGGUUGUGAUAAAUGGAAUUUGUUAUAUUUGCACACUGAACCAAUCUGCUGUGCAAGGUUUUUCUAGCUUAUCGAAUAUUUGGUUUGAAUAUUCUUUUCAAAUUUUCUUGUAUCACCGUAGUUAUAUGGUAUGUAAUCAAUAUACAUGUUUGCUGAAAAGUUCAUACCUUUGUG